ACUGAAAUAUAAUCUGAAAGGGUCAGAAGCACACUCAGGAAGAAAAUCUGUAAAGAAGAUAGAAACACAUGUGAAUGAAACCUGAAAGAAAUAAAAUGGGGAGAGUAAAACUUCAGAUGAAGAGAAUUGAGAAUACCGCUAACAGACAGAUCACUUUCUCAAAGAGAAAAAACGGACUUAUUAAAAAAGCUUAUGAACUGUCUGUUCUCUGUGAUGUUGAUGUAGCUCUCAUCAUGUUUUCUCCGUCUGGGAGACUUAGUCUAUUCUCUGGCAAUAAAAGUAUUGAAGACAUUUUAGCACGAUAUAUCAAUUAUUCAAGACAUGAACGAGGACGUCUUCAUAAUGAAGAGAUUCUUCGCAGCAUUCUUAAUAAGCUGAAGAGUGAAGUUAAUCAAACGUUUCAAACAAUUAGCCCAGUUAGUGCAGAUUUUGAUCAUGUGCAGGAGAUUCAACAAGAAAUCCUAUACUGUAAGUCACAAAUGGAAGAAGUGGAAAAUCAACUCAGAAUAUUUGAAGGUGAUCUCUCUAAGAUCACAACACUGCCCGAUAUUGAGUUACGGGAGCAGAUCCUCGAGAAAACUCUUAAUCGUCUAUACAUGCGCAAGCAAGUUCUAGGAGUGUGUAAUUCUUCCUCUGCUAUAGCAGUACAACCACAGAUUCAUCUUCCUCCAAAUGCAGAUGAACUUGUGAUUGCAGCAGGAAAUAGUACUACUCAACCCACUUAUCUGGACCCUCAAGUUGAGAUCCUAAAUUUCUUGAGUGCAAAUGGCUUUCUUCCCCUCAGUAGUGAUUCAGCGCCCCAACCAAUUGCUGUAGUAGCACCAAUGUUACCCCUUGAUAGCCAAAACACGAAUCUUGAUGAUGACAUGAUCAAUCUAGCAAAUGGUUUUGAGGGUGAAAAUAACAAUAGGAGAUCAGUAGUAGCGCAAGUACAACAAGAACAUCUUGAAAUCGAACAAGGCACUGAUGUCAACUUGAUUCCAUGGAAUCAGUUGUAUCCUACAGGAAAUAACGCACCCAUUCCUCCUUCACAGCAAAGACGACAACAAGUACUUCACAUGUCUCAGCUGUUCACACAUCAAAUAUGACAUGCACAUAUGGAUGCCUCUUUCCCUUGGUGCCUGUACAAUGCAUUCCUUCAACCUCUACAUCUUAAGUCACUGUACAAUGCAUCCUUGAGAUACAUGUAAACUGGAACAACGUUGGCCAACAACUUAUAGAUGAGAUGUUGCUUAAAUUAAUUUGGAAGACAACCAUUACUGACAACUUGUAUUUCGACAAAGAUAUUAUGAGAAUAAUGAGAUGUUACUUAUAAUUUUGAAAAACAUGUACCGAUGACAACGAACAGAGUCUGAGAUUUUAUUAA